AUGCUCUGUCGACAUUUAUAUUCCUAUACAAUUUUUAUGAUUUUAUUCAUUUAUAUUCAAUCCCAACUUAAUCUCUAUAAUACGAAUAAGGAAAUAACUUCAACAGAACAUCAUUGUUUACGUAUUGUGUAUAUUCAUCCCACCGAAAAUGCUCCUACUUAUUUGAUACUAUAUUUGUGUUUGAGUGAAUUAUCAUCCAAAUUUCACAUUGAAGAAUCGACUUUAUCCUCCAAAAUGACUUUUUCUGAUCUUGCAAAAAUGAAUAUAACUUGCGAACAAUUAUAUCAUUCGUCUGUACCAAUUGAUCUUAUUGAAAAUUACCAAGAAUAUUUAAUAUCAAAAGAUUUUUCCUUAGGACAAACAAUUUAUUAUAAUUGUUCAUAUCCAAGAUUUGGUGACAUGUGUCAAUAUGAAUUUCAAUUAUUGAAAUACUCUGCAGGAAACUUCAUUAAUACGAUUCGGAGUUAUAUUUAUUCAUUUAUAUACAGUGGAAUGGAAUUAACAUGUUACAUUCACUUAAAUUGUGAUUAUCGAAUAAAAUCUUCAUGUUUAGAUUGGACAGAAAUAUGCGAUGAUAAAAUUGAUUGUUUAAAUGAUGGAAUUGAUGAAAAAUAUUGUUGGCAAUUAGAAGUAAAUCAAUGUGAUGAUGAUGAAUAUCAAUGUUCAAAUGGACAAUGUAUUCCAUUAAUAUUCUAUCGAGAUGAUUCAUAUAGUCAUGAUUGUCUUGAUGGAAGUGAUGAAAUACAAGUGCAUUCUCGUUCACAUUUUGAACACGACGAUGUAUUAUGUAAACGGUCGCUUUUCACAAGUUCUUGUCGAGAUGAACGUGAAAAUAUUAUAAUAAAACAAAUCUAUUCAAUAAAAAAUGAUGAUAUAUCAAACAAUUGUUGGUUAGCAUUUCAGUGUCUUAUAGAAGUACCUGAUAAGAAUUUCAAAUUAUGUAAGAAUUUCUGUUCAAUUGAUCUAUGUAAAAUCAUAAUUGAAGAAGAAUGUCCAGAUUUACUUUAUAUUCCACAAAUUCCAAUAUUAUUCAAUGAUACUUAUUUAGUUUAUUCAAAAGAUGAUAUUAAUCAACCGUUAAUUCAUCCAUAUAUCUGUUCAAAUGAUAUUCAUUAUCAAAAUAUAUCAAAUGAUAUAAUACAGAUUAGUUUUAAUAAUCAGAAUUGUUUUCGUCCAAAGAAAUUUUUAGGAACAUAUUAUGAAGAUACGUUUCCAUAUGUUUCUGAGAAGAAAUUUAAUAGAAUAUUAUACAGAAUUUAUCGAUUUCAUAUAAGUUUUACUUCAUUGAUUAUAAAUUCAACAUCAACGUAUUGUCAACAACCAAAUAUGUAUCAAUGUAUGAAUUCAAUGAAAUGUAUUCCUGCAUUUCGUUAUAGAGAUAAAGCAUCUGACUGUCCUUAUGGAGAUGAUGAAGAUUUAUCAAAAGUAGAUGAUCAAUUCUUAAAUCAACGACCCCAACAUGAACUUUAUAAAUGUCAAAUGUUGAAUAAGUCUAUUUUUAUGAGAGAAUUUAAUGAUAAUUUUAGACAUUGUGACGUUGAUCUAUAUCAUUAUGCAGAAGAUGAAAAAUUCUCUGGAUCUGAAAAACAUAUUAUAUCAUUUCAAAAUUUAUGUGAUGGAUAUACUGAAAUACGUUUCAAACUUUCAGGUGAUCAACUUUUAACAGAUGAAAGUGAAUGUGAACAUUGGGAAUGCAAUAAUUAUUAUACAGUUUGUGAUGGAAUAUGGAAUUGUCCGGAUGGUCAAGAUGAAACUGGUUGUCCAUCAAAUUCCACAUUUAAAUGUCCAUUAAAUUACCAUGCAUGUAUUUCAAUUCAUAUAAAACAAUUAAUAUGUUUACAUAUUGACAAAUUGAAUGAUGGUCAAAUUGAUUGUCUGAAUGGUUUUGACGAACACAAUUCAUGUCUUUUACAACAUGAAAAUAUGUAUUGUGAUAAUUUAUCUAAGGAUCAGUGUUCCAUUGAUUUAUGUCGAUGUCAUCAAUAUCCAAAUCUUCUAAAUGGAAAGAUUUUGUAUAGACCAACUAGAAAUUGUACAGCAUUUAUUCACGACCACGAAGUAGGUCCUGUUUCGAAUUUUUGUAUGGGUACAAUGUGGUUUUGUUGGGAAAAGGCGCUAAAAUAUUUUUCAAUGAAUACAAUUAAUAAUCAAGCGAUAAUUUCAAGAAAAAAUCUAAAACAUCAAAUGAAAAAUGAUAUUCUACCAACUAUUCCAGUUGCAUCUGAUUAUGAUUGUCAUCGUGGAUUUGUUAUUAAUAUUUUAACAAAUAAAAAAACAUGUCUCUGUUCAACAAGUUAUUAUGGUUCACAAUGUCAAUAUCAAAGUCAACGUAUUCAUCUUUCAAUUCAAUAUCAAGCAUUAUCAGAUUCCUGGCAAACAUUAUUUGUUAUUAGUA